AUGGGUACGGUAGAAUCCAAAGUUAAUCAUCGAUAUAGAACUAGCAAACAUCGUCUUUGUAGAAAUGAAAGACCCCUCGUUCACAAUUGUUAUCAUAAAAAUAAACAACUGGAGGCAACACGAAAUGUUGGAAAUAAAAAUCUGUCAAGAGGAAUUGAUGACACAUUGGUAUCACUUACAAGUUCGCCAUUGAAUCCUAGUUUGCAAGGUUCAGUAUUACAUUAUUCAUUUCCUAUGCAACGAUCUCAUUCCGAAAUUCAAAUAAUAUCAAAUGAGUUAUCAAAUCAUCACCUAGGAGGAAGUUUUGAGGGCGGUGAACAAUUCGAUCAUAUUUCUUAUGAUUAUCAAAAACAUAUGGAACGUGUUGAUGAAGAAAAUCGUCCUGUAUUAGAAGGACUUUGUCCUGAUAAAAUGUAUGUUUCAACCAAUGAUCUUCGAAUAUGUGACACUCAACGAUUACCACCACCUCUACGUUGUAAAAUGACUCAAGGCUUUUUUCGACCUAUUCCUCCAGCAGAAUUUUAUCAAAAGAAAACUACAUUAAAUCCAUCAUUUCUUUAA